GUUGGGUGUUGUUGGAGGUUUCCUGACCUCGCAGAAGUCAGAGGAUGAAAGCUGUGAAUGGUUGAACAGAGCAUGACAGAGACCCUGGGCAGUCAUGUGUAUCAGCGAUGUUACCAGGACAACAUUUACCUGUGGACGGGACAGAGGGACAGAACUACCUGACUGAAGGUAGUGCACCUUUAAAACCAGCACAGGAAAUCCUUCCUGGAAGUGACCCUGUUAGCAGAGGAAAUACCAUCCCCACUGACCUCAUCAGCACCCAGCCUGUACCUGCUGCAGCCCCACCUGCAGAGACUGUACAGGGGUCUGCAGAGGUCAAGACACUCCCGUCUGAGCUCCAGAAGCCCACCUGCCCACAAUGUGGUGGAGCAAUCCCAGACCACAGACCUCCUCCUGCUCUCCAUCGGGACUUGGCUCGACUGCAGGGCUCAAAGCUGUCGGUGCACAGCAGCAGCAGGAAGAGUAAGAGCAGAGGCAGCGUGGACGCGCUACACCAACCUGCUGCCAUGGCGGACGAUUCCUGUUUUCAGCUGCUGCUGGCGUGCCUGUCAUGCCAGUGCUCUGUGUUGGUCCUGGGCCUGUUGGAGACCUGCUCCUCCUGUGUCCACACCCUCUGCUCGUGCUGCUGUGGAGCCUGUGCCCGGUGCUGCUCAGCCGUCCAGGAGGCCCCGGUGGAGGAGCUCAACUGCAACGCCCACUGCCACUCAGUCCUGUUCGAGUCCUGCUGUGAGCCGACCGAAUGCCUGGAGUUUUGUCUGGAGUGCUGCGACAUCUGCCAUCGAAGCUAGGAGGUGGACUGAAGGGAAACUGAGGACUAACUUUAAAAGUGCAAUGUGAAGAAACAGAAUUACCCCGGCCCCCAAAGGGGAGGCAACGGGUAUUGUUUUUGGUUCAGUUUGUUUCUUUGUUUAACACUUUAGCAGCAAAACUACUGGUUGAAUUCAUACCAAA